AUGGCGACCAUGAAGGCCAAUAAGCUCGCCAACCGGAACACACAGUUGGCCAACAUCCGCAGCGCGUCGCCAAAAGUUCCUUCCAAUGAAGAGGACAUCCACGUCUACGGCUAUGGCCAGUUCCAGAGGAUGGCGCUACUCUGCUCUAUCGUCUCGUUCUUUAUGAAUGUAGUCCACAGCCAGACGCUCCUCGUCAUGUUGCGUCCGGUGGCCCAUUGGUGCAAGCCCCCCGACGAGUACGCCGGCUUGUCCGCGGACGAGUGGAAGAACACGAGCAUCCCCAAGGACGUGGACGGAAGAUUCAGCAGCUGCACCCGCUACGAACCGCCGAUCCCAACGCCCGCGGACAACAAGAGCGAAGUCAGGUGCAACCGCUGGGACUACGACAGCGAGGUUGGCGCCACCAUCGUGAGGGAUUUCAGCCUCGUCUGCGACAGGAAGUGGCUGCUCCGGGGGCUCCGGUUCGUCUACUCUCUCGGCGGAUCGGUGCUUCUGCCCGUCAUGGGCUCAGCGGCCGACAGCUAUGGGCACAGGGCAGUCCUCGGCCUAACCCUGUUCGGCAUGGCCUUGUUCGGGUUGGUCACGUCCCUGGUGAAGACACUCUUCGAAUUUCCGGUGCUGCAGCUUCUCACGUCUGAAUCGAUCACCACGUUUCAGGCUAUCAGCACCGUGCUGCUCUUCGAGGUGUCUCCGCAAGAUCACCGGAUGCACUUCCACAUUCUUAACAUCUGCGUGCCCCUGGGGCUGGGUAAGGUGGUGCUCGGGCCUAUAAUCACGACCUUGUUGCACUGGCCGGUCAUGCAGCUUGUUGUGAUAUCGCCCACCCUACUGCUGCUGACCUACCACCUAACGGACGAGUCUUCGCACUGGCUGGUCACUUUGUGGAAGUUCAAGGAUGCCAAGCGGUCGCUCAUCGUUUUUGGUGGUUGGUGUGUCAUCUUCAACUGCUGCUACACCACAGCUCAAUACAAAUCGUUCGGAGGCGGUGCCGUCAACUUCUACAUAAUGAUCGGUAUCGCAAACAUGUUCACUCAGACCUUCAACUACUUUGUCCUGAGGGGCUACGGCCACCGGAAGCUGAUGUCGGCCUACAUGCUGGGCUCUCGGCGCUGA